AUGCCUGCCGCGCCGCCGCCACCACGGCCGCCGCUUCGGUCGUCGCGCUGGCGCACCGCUCUCGGCAUCGUCUCGAUCGCCCUCUUGGGCCUGGCGGCCUCCGCUACCGCCCAGAACACGCCGCUUUGGCCAGAACUCGACCCCACCCAGCUGGCGCAGCUGCAGGCCUGCCUCGUCGGCCACAAGCUCAACGUAGUCACCGCAGCGCUCAGCGAUGCCCGCACCUACUACCAGUCUUCCCAGUCCGACAACCUCGUCUUCCACUACAACCCGUCCGCCAUUGUCCACGCAUCGUCGACGCAGGACGUACAGGCCGCCGUGCGCUGCGCCGCCAAGCACGGCAACAUCGCCGUCGCGGCCAGGAGCGGCGGCCACUCGUUUGGCGGCUACGGCAGCGGCGGAAGGGACGGCUCCCUCGUCAUCGACGUGGGCGCGCUCAACAAGACCGUCUCCCACCCGCACGAACGCACCGCCGAGAUCUGGACGGGCGCGCGCCUGGGCGACGUCGUCAAGGAGCUCUGGUCGCAGGGCGACGGCAUGGUAGCCCUCGCCCACGGCACCUGUCCCAGCGUUGGCGUUGGCGGGCACGCCAUCUGCGGAGGCUUUGGACCCACCUCGCGCGCCUGGGGCAUGACCAUGGACCACAUCCUCGAGGCCGACGUGGUGCUGGCCGACGGCAGCCUCGUCACCGCCUCGCAGACGCAGAACCAGGACCUGCUCUGGGCGAUCCGCGGCGCCGGCUCGUACGUGGGCAUCGUUACCCGCUUCCUCUUCCGCACCCACGACGUCAGCACGCCCGUCGUCUUCUUCGAGUACCGCUGGACGCCUUCGCUCAAUACGCCCGAGGACGCCGCCGCCGUCUUCACGGCCCUCCAGGCGUUCGCCCUCUCCAAGCAUGCCAGCGAGAAGCUUGGCUUCCACAUCCAGAUGAUGCGGCCCGUCAAGACCGACCCCAUGCCGAACACUGGGCGCAAAAUCACGCUCCACGUGCGCGGCAACUUCCUCGGCACCGAGGCCGAGUUCGGCGCCGUCGUGGGCCAGCUCUGGAAGCAGUUCCGCAAGCACGGGGCGCCCAUGCCGGACGGCAAGACGGAGCGGUCCAUGACGUUUCUCGCUUCGAUGCAGGAGUGGGACGACUUUGGGCCCGUCGGCCACAAGCUCGACACGCUCCUCGAGCGGCAGAAGCACAACAACUUUGUCGCCAAGACCUUGCUGACGCUCGAUCACACCAAGGGCCUCACACCGGAGGCCAUCCUGUCGCUGUACCGCCACCUCUUUGACACGGCGGUGCUGACCGAGGACGAAAAGGUGCUCGCCGACGGCCACCCGUCGUGGUUCCUGUGGAAUCUCUACUUCGAGUUCUACGGCGGCCCGGCGCCCGCCUACCGCACCAAGGACGCCAUCGAGGGCAGCGCAUUCCCGUGGCGCGACGGCCUCUGGCUCAUCCAGGCCUCUGCCGGGACCGACGAAAAGAAGACGAUACCCCACGGCGCGCACGUCCACCUCGAACGGCUCAACGAGCAGCUCCACGACUCAAUCGCCCGCUCCGGCAUCAAGGCGGCGGGCUACUCGUGCUACCUUGACCCGGACCUCAGCGAGAACGAGUGGCGAUCCCUCUACUAUGGCCCCUCGCUGCGCAGGCUCGAGGAGAUCAAGGCCCGCGUGGAUCCGACCAACCUGCUGCGCAACCCGCAGAGCCUCGGCAGCCGGACCGAGAUCGAGCACCGCUGGAAGUCGCAGAGGAGGAGCCUGGAUCGCGCCAUGUCCGCGGCGAACCGAUCGCUUCGGACUGGUCCCGACCGCUGA